GAAUCUCAGUCGCCGUCUGGUGGGGUAGAGGCGGCGCGUGCACGCGUGCGCAGUGCGCGGGCGGGCCGUCGUGGGCGCCGCUCCCGGCAGCUGAGUGCCUGAAGGAGCCGGGUCCGCGGCGGCGCGGGUGCUCCGGGCGGAGGCCGCGUGUAAUGUUCAAGCCCAGAAAUGCCUUAUGUGGAUCGACAGAAUCGCAUUUGUGGUUUUCUAGACAUUGAAGAAAAUGAAAACAGUGGGAAAUUUCUUCGACGGUAUUUCAUCCUGGAUACCAGAGAAGACAGCUUCGUAUGGUACAUGGAUAAUCCACAGAACCUGCCUUCAGGAUCAUCACGGGUUGGAGCCAUUAAACUUACCUACAUUUCAAAGGUUAGUGAUGCAACUAAGUUAAGGCCAAAGGCAGAGUUCUGUUUUGUUAUGAAUGCGGGAAUGAGAAAAUACUUCCUACAAGCCAAUGAUCAGCAAGACUUAGUGGAGUGGGUAAAUGUCUUGAACAAAGCUAUAAAAAUUACAGUACCAAAGCAGUCAGACUCACAGCCGGCUUCUGACAGCCUGAGUCGCCAAGGUGACUGUGGCAAGAAGCAAGUGUCCUACAGAACUGAUAUUGUUGGUGGUGUUCCCAUCAUCACUCCAACUCAGAAAGAAGAAGUAAAUGAAUGUGGUGAAAUUGUUGACAGAAACAAUUUGAAACGGUCCCAAAGCCAUCUUCCCUACUUUGCUCCUAAGCCACCACCAGACAGUGCAGUUAUCAAAGCUGGGUAUUGUGUGAAACAAGGAGCAGUGAUGAAAAACUGGAAGAGAAGAUAUUUUCAAUUGGAUGAAAACACAAUAGGCUACUUCAAAUCUGAACUGGAAAAGGAACCUCUGCGGGUAAUACCACUUAAAGAAGUUCAUAAAGUCCAAGAAUGUAAGCAAAGUGACAUAAUGAUGAGGGACAACCUGUUUGAAAUUGUAACGACGUCUCGAACUUUUUAUGUGCAGGCUGAUAGCCCGGAAGAGAUGCACAGUUGGAUUAAAGCAGUCUCUGGCGCCAUUGUAGCACAGCGGGGACCUGGCAGAUCAGCAUCUUCUGAGCAUUCCGGCUGUCCUUCAGAAUCCAAACACACUGUCCGUCCUGCCGGGGCAGCAGCAGCAGCCACCUCACAUUCCGCAGCCUCUCGCAGCCACUCUCUGGUCUCAAGCUAUACCAUGGAGAAGCGAGGAUUUUACGAAUCUCUUGCCAAGGUCAAGCCAGGGAACUUCAAGGUCCAGACUGUCUCUCCAAGAGAACCAGCUUCCAAAGUGACUGAACAAGCUCUGCUUAGACCUCAAAGUAAAAAUGGCCCUCAGGGAAAAGAUGGUGAGCCAGUGGACUUAGAUGAUGCCAGCCUGCCAGUCAGUGAUGUGUAAGGUGGGAGCACAUGGGCUGCCUGCCCCUCUCAUCCCUCAGUGUCCUUUCAUGAGGCUUCUAGCCAAAGAUGAUAGAGGAUGGAUGGUUUCAGUGCGUAUAUUAUAUUGUUUCUUGGGUGUACUUUGUAAACUGGCAAACCAAGAAUCUAGGGAGUGGCCAAGUCAACGUAAUUUCUUUAAGACAGGAAGGAAAAAAGAUGUGCCCAUACUGACUGUCCGAAGCUUUAUAUGUUUGGGUGGUAAAAAUGUGUGUGAUUUUUUUUUCUAGUGACUUUGAAAUUUUAAAUAACUUAAAACAUUAAAAUUUCUUAUUGUUUUGAUCAUUUAAAAAUGCUAAUAUGACUCCCUAUGAAAUAUUUAAUAUUGACACAUUCAUAUCAGUUAACAUUAUCAAAUGGGACAUCGCCAGACAAAAAUUCUUAAACUCAUGAUGUCUGUGGUGCUGCAAAAUUUAUAUUGUGAUGUGGACUGUUUAGAAAUUCUAGUCAUUUUUGAUAUCAGGUGAGUGGUAAAUUUUGCAUAGAAGAUUCCAUUAGACUGAUGAGGCAGGUAGGGGUUGAAAUGGGGGCAGCAAAGGUGGGAGAUUAGAGCUCAGCUAUAGCGAAGAUUUUUUUUUUUUUUUGGUGGGGACUUUUUUCUUUUUGAGACAGGGUUUCUUUGUGUAGCCAUGGCUGUCCUGGAACUUGUGAUCUUUCUGCCUCUCCUGCCUCCCAAAUUAUAGGCCUGUGUCUUACAGCCUGAGACACUUGUUUGAAAAAGCUUAAGACUUACACCUAUCAGUAUUUUAUUUCAGUAAAAAUUAUUUGAUCAUAAAUUUUGGGAAGAUCUGGUUUUUUUUUUUUUCCAAGACAGUUUUUCUAUGUUGCUCUUGCUGUCCUGGAUCUCGCUCUGUAGACUAGGCUGGCCAAAAAUUCACAGAGAUCCACCGGCCUCUGCCUCCUAAGUGCCAGGAUUAAAGGCGUGCACCACCUACAUCCAGCUUUUUUUUUUUUUUUUUUUGUAACUAGAUCUUAUUUCUGAAUUUGGAUCAGUGAAAGACCACAGUUCAUAUGUGAAGUCAUAACUGCCCUUAGUCGUGAAAUUGUUGUGGCCUCUACCUUUUCAUCAUUAAUAGCUUAUAUUCAAGUGCCUGUGUCUUCUCAUCUCAUUUAGGAUUGUGCUCCAAAGUCCUACAUGAUUGGCUUUAAAUGUUUGAAUAAAUUAAUUCAGUAGUAUAGUUUGAUAUGUUAAAUAAGAUACCAUUUUAUGUCAGAGACACCAGAAUGUUGGUGUUCUACUACCUGUGCAAUAUUUAUGUCUUGAAAAAAAAAUUUGAGUAUGCAUUUAAUUGUGGGGAUAUCCUAAAUUAGAAGUACCUCUCUAAGGAACCCACAGUUUCUGGUGUUGAGUGAUAGACUGGUUUGAGCAAGUACUGUUUUGCGGCAAAGUUUUAAGUGUUUGCUUUUCCCAGGCUGCUGCUCCAUGGUAUUUCCAGUUCCACACACUUCUGUUUUGGAGUCAUGGGUGUUAGUGUUUUGCCUUUUUAUGUUCUAAGACUACUUGUUGGAGGAUGAGAAAAUUGCUACCGUGUGGGGCCUAGGGGUUAAGAUGUGUUACUAAGUUGCCCAGCACAAGAACAUACCACUCACCUUUUAUAUUCAUAAGCUAAUAUGUUAGAGUUCUAUGUAGUUUUCUCUUUUGCAGCUGCAUUGGAAAACCAUAGGACAACAAGGUUUUUAAGCAGUUAGCACCCUUCUGCUGCCCUGUUCAUUACCCAGGCUCUUUUGGAAGUUCCUUUUUCAUGAACAUACCUAGGAACCCAUGUACAGACACUUGGCAGUACUGAUGAGCCUGGCGCUGUUUCCUUUGGUACAGCCUCCCCAGUGCACGUUCAUUUUAGCAUAUUUUGGUAUUGGUAAUUUGAUAUAUUUCAUGGUAGCAAAAUAUUAGCUCUAUUUUGGGACUUUUUAUAGAAUUACCCUUAUUCAAAAGUGUAGGAUAUGUUCUUGUGAUUGUCAGGGUCUCCUAAUAUUUAUCUCAAUUCUUUUAUAAGCUUACAGAAAUUAUUUAAUUAUUUUAAAACAUACUUUCCUGUAAAUAUGUCACAUCUGAAGUGUCAGCAUUUACUUUGAAUACCGUAAUAUUUGCUGCAUUUUUUUCUGUGUGUAUAAUGUAUCUCUUUUCAGAACAGGAAUGUGCCUCCUGAUGUUUACUGUUACACCUGCUAUCUUUGUAUGUCCAAUUGGUUGAACACUGUAAUGACUUGAGAAUAAACUGCUCAGAAUUCA